UUUGUGUUUGCGUGUUUUGUCUCUGUUCCUUUCGUUAUUCUUGGUUUUAGUCUGGGUUCAUGCAGCUCUUCUGCCCUUUUUAGUAUUCAGUGCAGGCAAACAGGAUCUUCGAAUGUCGUAUGUGUAAAAUUUCUAGCAAUAUGGGUGUUCAUGAAGAACUCGAAGAAGCUAAAGCCGAAAUCCAGAAACUCAAGCACAACGCAAAUCUCCUUCAGAACAUGAAGAAAUCAUAUGAUGCACAUACCAAUCAGAUACUGGAGGCUAUUUUCAAAAUUGAGAAUCUGAAUCAACAACUGUUUCAAAAAGAAGAUGAAACCAAUGGCUCUCAGCAGAGAAAUGAAGAUUUAACCGAUAGUGCUGCAAGUGAUGAACUUGGAGCAGAUUGUGAUGAAAACUUUAGAAAGUGGAAAGAUGAAAAGAGAAGGUUGCUGGUGCCGUUCGAGGAGGAAAAAGAGAAAAUUGAGAACCAAGAACAACUGAUGCGUGUGAACACAGAAGAGAUUGAAAGCAGGAACGGUUGCAUUCCAGUUUCAAACGACGGGUGUUUGAAAAUAGAGAACAAUUUGAAGACACCAAGGGAAAUAGAAGAACCAGAUGCCAUGUUCCAGAAGUUAGAGGAGGAAAACAUGAAGGUGGAAGAACAAUUAAAAUGGAAGGAGGAACAGUUUAAACAUCAGGAAGAGGAGAAUGAAACACUUAGAGAGCAGUUUAAAGCAAGUAAGGAGGAGUGGGAGAUGCAAAAGAAUACAUUGCUUGACGAGAUUUCUUCACUGCAGUUAUUGUUAGACAACCAUGAAAGAAAAGCAGAUGAUCUACAACACCAGUUAGUGAAGUGCAAACAAGCUCUUGCUGACGAAGAAAACCAGAGAAAAUGUCUGGAAGAUGAAGUCUCAAAUUUGCAGAAAGAGAAAGAAGAGGAGUGUUUUCAGCUGAUGAAGCAGUUAGAGUUGAAAGAUGAAUUGAUCAAUGUCCAGGAUGAUAUCAAUGAAGCAGCAUAUCAACUCUUCGAAGAGAGAGUUGAGGACAUGGAAGCUGAUUUCAAAGAACAACUUAAGGAAGCUUAUGAUGCUUUAGACCGGGCAAACAUUGAACUGGAUGAGAGAAUAUGUGAAACAAGUGAAAUUGAGUAUGAAUUGAGAAUGUGGAAGUCACUUUCUGAACGUUUGAAGAAUGGUCUUGAAGUAAAUCUUGUCAUGCGCCAAGAACUGGAAAAUUCACUCCUUGAUCAAGUACAUUUCAGUGAGAGCCUCAAUCAAGAAAAGCAUAGCUUGAUUUGUAAGUUGGAAGAUAGUGAAAAUGAAAUAGAUCGUCUGCAGCAGCAUGUUUUCCUAUGUAAACAAGAACCAAAAGUAAAGGAAACAGAAGCUUCUUCCCCAGUAAGAGGAUUAACAUCUGAGUCCUCUGAAACUGUUGAAGUGAGUUAUCUCCAAAUCAUAGAGGAGAAGAACAAGAUUUUAGAGGAGUUUCAAAAGGAGGUUCUUUCGAUAGAACAAGAAUCUAAUAGAAAACAAUUUGAAAGUGCUGCGACUGCACAAAGAAAUAUGGGAAGAACCGAUGAGGGUGAGGAAGAGACUGAUACUGAUAUUCUUGAGGGAAACAAUAAUAGAACAGAUGAGAUCAUGCAGCAGGUGACAUCACUGGAGCAGAAGUUCACUGGCAUCUUGACCUCAAUUUCUUCACAGCUUUUUGAGAAACAGGCUGAAAUUAUUCAUGUGAAAGAAGCUUGCAAUAUGAUCACAGCAGCAGAGGUUCUAGCAGCAAUUGAAAUUGAAGAGAAGAAGUUUAUGAUAGAGGAACUUGAGGAUGAUAUAUGUGAUUUGGAGCAGAAACUGGAGCUGCAAGAGGUAAACUUGAAGCAAUCAGAACAGCUUGCAUUGGACGUUGAAGAGGAAAUGAAUGCAAAACAGUUCAAAGCAAAGGAGUUGGUUGAUGAAAUGGAGAAGAAGCUAAGAGACUCAGAUGCAUUUCUUGAAAAGGUAAAGAUAGACAAUAGAGGUUUGCUUGAAAGUGCUACAAGAUUGUCAUCAUCAGAGAGGGAAAGCUUGUUGAGUUUUGUUGAGGGAUUAGAUGAUAAAAUGUAUGAGUGCACUGUUGCAGACACUCAACUAAUGGAUAGAUUGAGAAGAUUAGUGGAAUCUUUUGAGGAUGAUCGUGAAGGAAUGGAUUUCAGAAAGGAUGAUGAAUUGAUUGUGAAAGAGAACAUGAUGAUGCAUUCUUCUUCGCCGGGGCUGAAGAAAUCUGAAACCUUUUCUGAGCUAAGAUCACCAUUCAAGGAGCUCAACGUUUAGUUGCAAUAGGGAAAAUAUUUGGUAGCGGAAUGAGAUGUGUACAAUUAUAGAGUAUUUUGUACAUGAACUUCAUUUUCUUCACCCUGUAUGUAACUCUUUUCGUUGGGUUUCA